AUGCCACCUCACACACAAGUGAACUUCGCAGACACCUUAGAGGCUCCAGCUUACGCGUUGAGCACCUUGGCCUACAGCCCCACUGGUACCGCUUCCCCUCCAGUUCUAGCUGGCAGCAAAGGACUCCGGCGUUCAUCCUUGCUUGGCAGUAUCACAGCGCAGAGGAACAGCCGGGUUGGCCAGCAGACGCGCCUGCAAAGUGUGAUCGACUUUGGUGCCGACCAGCUAGGCGGCGAGAGGUACGGCGAGAGCGUUUCGGGACUUCAUGAACAUGAUGCUGAGGACCUCGACUGCGGGCUGUACGAGGACUUCCACCACGUCUUGGAUGUAGUCGAUCCGGAAGUCGCAAUGCGGCGCACGCUGAUGGACAUCCAGAAUGAGAUUUUUGCCCCGCCUUUCUCUCGCCUGCCGAGUAUGGACAGCAUCGGCAUCGGGCUACCCACGCUGGCCUCGCUGAGUGCAAUGUUUCCCACGCCUGCUUCUACCCCUUCUCCUGCAAUCGGCACUUUCGGGGAUAGGGAGUAUGGUCGGCUUAGACAGUCGACGUCAUUCAGCUCUCCAAGCUCUUCUGUCGACCUCGAAGCUCCUGGCUCUGCUGGACUUGGUACUUUCCCUCCGCCGCUGCCGAGGCCGCCUAUCGCAGCUUCGAUUCUCUUUAGCCGGCGUGUGGCACCUUCCCCUGACCAGCAAUGGCAGCAGGCCGCGCCGAUUACACCAUCUUGCGCGCUGUCAUUGGUGCGGACGCCGAGCAACAUCACUGUGUCCGGUGUAAAGCGAAGCCCACAGCCCAAAGCUGAAACUUCCAAGAGGGCCGUAGGCGAUGCCACGGCCUGCAAGCACGCAGACGACGAGGAUGAGGCUGAGAGAGAGCAGCAGCGACUGGAAGAGCACAUACGCCAGCUGCUGACAUGCAAGGAGAAAUUCAAGCACCGCCUCAAGGGCUUUUGGAACUACAUUACGACGCCAAUGGGCUUCUUCUUUCUCUGCUACGGUUUCGCCGUCUUCGUCUGGGGUGUCCUGAUCUUUGCACUGAUCGUCCGAUGGUGGAACCCACGCCACCGACGCCACUGGAUCGAGAUCUGCGACCAGGUCCUCACGGCGCUCUUCACACUCAUCGGUCUCGGCUUUGCACCUUUUCGAGCAGUCGACACAUAUCGCAUGAUCAAUAUCGUGCACUUGCACCGCAGGGCUUUGCGGCGAAGGUAUGAGCUCGGUCUCCCGACGCUGGAGGACCCGAACGACUUGCCGCGCAGCGCGGCAUUCCGGGCGCACGAAUCCAAGCUGUGCCAAGAGCUUCCAUUGGGUAUAUCGGUUUCGCAUUGUGGCAACAACGUUGCAACACCCAACACAGCUUCCAAGAAACGCGUCUCGGUCCGCGCAUCCAAUAUUUUGCACCUUCGCAAGAACCACGCUAACGGAGCAAAAGAUCUCAGGUGUAAUGAAGAGACGAUCGGUAGUGAGGUGCAAGGUUUGUGUAUUAAGAUUGACGUCAAUUCGGGCAAGAUUAACGCAGUAGCGUCAUAUCUUACCGGCAUUGCAUCGACUCAUGAUGACACCUUGCACCGAAGUUCGCGGAUCGUUGCGUCGCACACCUCAGCAGACGAUGCCUCUCUGCUCUCCUUGAAAAAUGAGAUGAAGCUCGUGUACCAUCAGCGCAAGUUCUAUCAUGCCCACCACUACUAUCGUUUCAACGAGAGCAUCACGCACCGCGCAUUCAGCCUCAAAUUAAUGAUUGCGAUCGUCCUCAUUCUCGAUAUACACUCGUGUUUGCAAGCUUGCCUGGGUGGUUUGACAUGGGGUAUUCGUUAUCAACACCGUCCUACGGCGCUCACCGCAAGCAUUGUCACCGCUUCUCUGUCGUGCAGCGCGAUUGGCGGCAUCCUGAUCUCCAUCGGUAACUCUCGGACCAAGAAGAAUGAAGUGGUCGAACGUCUCCUACACGAGGAACUGGAGGAGGAAGCGAGACGGAGAAUGCGAAAAGACGGACUUCAGCUGCAGCACAAACUGCAGCAAUGA